ACAAACGUAGAGGACGUACUCACGAAAUGGAGGCUCAUAUGCAUGCUGCCAAAUCAUGCUGGUUCUUUUGCAUUCUGCUGUGUCUCUGUUUUGUAUUCAAUUAUACGAAUGCCAAAGUUCACUAUUAUGAUUUUGUCAUCCAAGACACGCCAGUGAAGAGGCUGUGCAAGACCCACAGGAUCAUUACGGUGAAUGGCCAGUACCCAGGACCAACCCUGGAGGUUAGAAAUGGUGACACGCUCGUGAUUAACGCCGUGAACCGAGCCAAAUACAACAUCACGCUACACUGGCAUGGAGUCCAUCAGAACAGGACAGGAUGGGCUGACGGGCCGGAGUAUUUGACUCAGUGUCCAAUAAUGCCCGGGGGAAGCUACACAUACCGGUUCACAAUCGAGAACCAAGAAGGGACACUGUGGUGGCAUGCUCACAGCUCCUGGCUCAGGGCCACCGUGCAUGGAGCGCUAAUCAUCCAUCCCAAAGAGGGUUCCAACUAUCCGUUUCCUAAGCCCAACAAAGAAAUCCCAGUUAUACUUGGAGAAUGGUGGAAUAGGAAUCCGAUUGAUGUUUUGAGACAAGCACUGAAGACUGGAGCUGCUCCAAAUAUUUCUGAUGCUUUCCUAAUCAACGGCCAGCCCGGCGAUCUUUAUAACUGCUCUAGCAAAGACACGACGGUCAUUCCAGUAGCCUCCGGCGAAACCAACCUCCUCCGGAUCGUCAAUGCCGCCCUCAACAACGAGCUCUUCUUCUCCAUCGCUGGCCACAAGAUGACCGUGGUCGCCGCCGACGCUGCCUACACCAAGCCAUUCACCACCUCGGUGCUCAAAAUGGGCCCUGGCGAGACCACAGACGUCCUCGUCACCACCGACCAGCCUCCUGGCCGCUACUACAUGGCCGCUCGGGCCUUCGCCACCGCGCAAGGCGUCCCUUUCGACAACACCACCACCACCGCCAUCCUCGAAUACAACAGUAACUGCCCCACGACCGAGAUCCAACCAAAGACCCCUCCAAAAUUCCCUGUCCUUCCGGCCUUCAACGACACCGCCACGGCCGCCGCCUACGACGCCGGCAUCAGAAGCCCACAUCCUGUAAAUCUUCCCGGCCCGGUCGACGAGCACCUCUUCUUCACCGUGGGCCUGGGCCUAUUCAACUGCCCACGUGGGAAGCAAUGCGGCGGGCCCAAUAACACCCGGUUUGGCGCCAGCAUGAACAACGUCUCCUUCACCUUCCCGCGCUAUUCCAUACUUGAGGCCUACUACCAACACAAGAAUGGAGUGUUCACUACGGACUUUCCAGCAUUCCCACCCGUCCAAUUCGAUUACACAGCUAAAAAUAUUAGCCGUGCCCUCCAGCAACCGGCUCGAGGGACCAAGUUAUAUCCACUCAAGUAUGGAUCAGUGGUGCAGCUGGUGAUGCAGGGCACCAACAUCUUCGCCGGCGAGGAGCAUCCCAUGCAUAUCCAUGGUUAUCAAUUCUACAUUCUGGCACAAGGUUUCGGAAACUUCGAUCCCCGGACCGACACCGCUAAGUUCAACCUGGUGGAUCCGCCUGAGAACACGGUCGGCGUGCCGGUGAACGGAUGGGCCGUCAUCCGGUUCGUCGCCAACAAUCCGGGGGUGUGGCUGGUGCACUGCCAUCUGGAUGUCCAUUUGACUUGGGGCUUGGCAAUGGCAUUCCUGGUGGAGAAUGGAGUUGGAGAGCUCCAGUCUCUGGAGCCCCCUCCAGCUGACCUCCCCAAGUGCUGAGAGAACUUUAAGAAAGCCUCUACCGUAGAGGACUACUUGUUCUUGUGUUGUGUUACCUUUUCUUUGUUGU